AAAUUUAAGCCACCAAACGAGUCACGAAUAUGAAAAACCAAUUUAAAAUCUAAAACUUGCUAAAACUUUGCUAAAACUUGCUGUCUAACCGGCUGAAAAUAAAAAAAAUGGCUAAUGACGGAGAAGAUGAAUGUUAAUGCUGAUAAAAGACAAAAUUGAGGAUUCUGAUCUCUUUUGGAUUAGUGGAAGAGGGGGGACUAACCACCUACAAUGAACAAUCUAUCCUGAUUUGGGCAUGCAAUAAGGGCAUGUUUGACCAGCUUGAGAAUUCAGAACCAUUAUCAAACAAGUCAUUUGGCCUCAUGAGAAUGAGAUUCCAAAAGCUCAUUUUUCCUUUGGAGAGUGGAAAUGGCUCUUUGAGCGCUAAGAUAUGUCGUUGAAUGUGCAGAGAAAGUCAAUCAUAUGUGGGCAUGGAGGUUUUGGCUGAGUGGCUUCCUUUUCUUACUUCUGCAAGGCAUGCUUCCAGCGAUGGACGUUUUUCUACAGCAGGGUCCUCAAAUGAAGAUGACCUCCAUGACCUCAACACAUCUAACGAUGGCUUUGCUGAUGAUCAAGGGAUAUCUAUCUCAACAUAUCCUUCCAGCCUGGAAUCUUCUGUUGUAAAUAUAGAUUGUGGUUUUGAUCCUGUGCAAGCUCCCAGAGAAAAUGGGCAUGCUUCACCAUUGGCAUCUCCAAUUGCUGACAAAAAGGAAGACACACAAGGGAAAAUCCAGAACAUUCGAAUAAAAUUUUUGCGCAUUUUGCACAGGCUAGAUCAGACUCCUUAUAAUGUUGUGGUUGACCAGGUUUUGUAUCGGUUGGGGGUGGCAGAGCAGAUUGGAGGACGCGAUGGUUUUCCAUUUGGUUAUGACACAGCAAGUGAAAUGGCAGAGCAGCAGGAGGCUGCUGGCCAAGAAGAUUUGGACUUUACAUGUACCAUUCUGGUUUUAGGAAAAACAGGUGUAGGUAAGAGUGCUACAAUUAAUUCUAUUUUUGAUGAAUUUAAAGCAGAAACAGAUGCUUUCCAACCUGUUACAAAGGAGGUCAAAGAGAUAGUUGGAACCAUAUAUGGAAUCAAAGUAAGGAUAAUUGAUACUCCUGGUCUGAUGUCUUCUUCUUCUGAUUAUCACAAAAAUAAGGCAAUCAUGUCAUCAGUUAAGAAGUUUUUAAGGAAGCAUCCUCCAGAUAUUGUACUUUAUUUGGAUCGUCUAGAUUUGCAAAAUGAUGACUAUAGUGAUUUUCUGCUACUCAAAAUAAUAACAGAGACUUUUGGAGCUGCCAUCUGGUUCAAUGCCAUUUUAGUGCUUACUCAUUCUUCUUCAGAUCCACCAGAUGGGACAGACAGAGCCCCUCUUAGCUAUGAAAUGUUUGUGGCUCAUCGUUCUCAUCCUUUACAACACUUAAUACGACAAGCAGCUGGUGAUAUGAGGCUCACACUUCCUGUAUCAUUAGUGGAGAAUUGUCUAUCCUCUCACAGUAAUGGGGUCAACGAGAGUAUUAUAACCAGUAAGGAAGUAUGGAAGGCUCAUUUGUUGCUAUUAUGUUUCGCAUCCAAGGUUUUAGGUGAAGCAAAUGCAAUUUUGAAGCUGAAAGGCAGCAUCCCAGGAAGGCAAUAUGAUGUUAACUCGAGUGCCCCAAGUUUGCCUUAUCUGCUGUCAUCUCUUUUGCAAUCACGAUCACAACCACAUAUACCAUAUGAGCAAGGUGGUGAUGAAGGUGAAUUGUAUGAGGGCUUGGAAGAAUUAUUUGACUCAGAAGGUGAGGAUGAGUAUGAUAGACUUACUCCUUUUAAGCCAUUGUCUAAGUCUGAGUUGAGUAACCUUAGCAAAGAUCAAAGAAGGGCUUACUUUAGUGAGCUUGAGUAUCGUGAAAAGUUAUUCCAGAAACGACAGUGGAAAGAGGAGCUAAGAAGGCAAAAAGCUAAAAAAAGUGAACCACAAUGUAACAAAGAUGAACUGGGUGAAACAGAUGAGGGAAGUACAAGAGGAGAAGUGGCUGUAGCUAUGCCAGACAUACCAUUGCCACCAUCCUUUCAAUCUGAUAAUCCUACUUACAGGUACCGCUAUCUUGAUACGCCUGACCAGUGGCUUGUAAGGCCUGUUCUUAACCCGACUGGUUGGGAUCAUGAUUGUGGGUAUGACGGAGUCAAUGCAGAAAAGAUGUUUGUUAUUGGAAAAUUUAAUACAGCAUCUAUUUCAGGUCAGAUUCUCAAGGAUAAGCUGGAGACCAAUAUUCAAUUGGAUUGUGUUGGUUCUCUGAAGCAUGGAGAUGGCAAAGUUACUUCAGCGGGGUUAGAUGUUCAAACAGUAGGAAAGAACCAAACUUAUACUUUGCAUACAAAGACUAACUUCAGCUAUUUUAAGGGAAAUAAGAUCUUAGGUGGUUUUGCUUUGGCACUUUUACAAGAUACACUAGCAGCAGGCAUGCAGCUUGAAGAUAGAGUAAUGAUAGGAAAAAGGUGGAAAUUUAUUCUGAAUGGCUGCACUAUGAUGGGGUGCGGAGAUGUGGCAUGUGGAUUAAGCUUAGAAGGUACAUUAAGAGAUAAGGACUAUCCAAUUGGCCAGAGUAUUACAAAAAUGAGUUUAUCUAUAAUAGACUGGCAUGGAGAUCUGGCUAUUGGUGCCAAUAUGCAAUCACAAUUUUCUUUGGGACGGAAUCUAAUGAUGCUUACACAAGCAAAAUUGAACAGCAGUGGUUCUGGGCAAGUUUGUAUACGUGCUAGCAGUUCUCAACACCUCCACAUGGCCUUGAUUGGUAUGAUUCCUCUUAUAAAGUCAAUAAUGGCUGCUAAGCGGUCUGAUUUCUCUUAGCUACCAUUGUAAACCACCAUUGGAUUACAAUACUGAUAUCAUAUCAUUCUUUCUGAUUCUUAGAAGAAUGUGAUUUUUUUUCAUUGAGCAGUAGACAUUCUCACAAUCAUGGCUACUGUAGAGUUAUCUACAAAGAGAUGUUCAGUAUACAGCAUUUGAAUGCAUGCCUCCUGUAGUACUAAUCUUUUGUCACCACUUUAGUUGGAUUUAAUAAUUUAGGUGAGCCUCAUAUCACCACUAAUGAUAUACACCGGUGCUCCUUGGUAGGCAUUUCUACACUUAUAUGGAAGACAGUUCAGGUGGUCUUGUUUGCAGUUUGUAGACAAUGCUUUCAACAUAUCUGAGUGCUUUAUUGAAAGGACACACUUCUGUCCAUGAGUUUGCAGUAAGCAUUACCCUUGCAUCAUUAGCAAGCAGCAACCCAACAUCCAAUUGUUUGUCGUCCAUUCCCACAACAUUAUUGUUCCAUGGUCUAGUUUCAACACUUAAUUUAUUAGGGUGAUUCAAUGCAUACAAUUUUAUCCUAUUAUGUUGAUGUAUAUUGCUACUUGUUGCAAAUAAAUAUAUUUUCUAAUUAAAUUCCUCUGUCCAA